CAUGCUCAGAUCCCACACACUCCUUCGACUCAUCACUUGCACACUGCUGCUCCCCACCUCCACGUCAGGGGAGAGCCGGCCUCACGUGGUCCAGGGAGGCACGCCUAAUGCGGACAGGAAGGACAUUCAAGAGGCCCUCCUACUCGAGGCAGUGAAGACGGGGAUCCUCAGCUCCUUGGGUAUGGACCGGGAGCCCAGGAUUACCCGAAAGGCCUCGGAGCAGGAGUUGAGGAGGAUGUAUCAGCUGUACAUUGAAAAAAGGAGAGAAUUGAGAGGAAAUUCCAGCCAGUCUAUAAAGAACACGCUACAGUCUACCACAACCACCGUGCUCUUUACAGUGGAGGCACCAAAAGUUCUUCGGAGGCGACCGCGCAGAUGUUCAGGUCAACACAUCCAGUGGUACAGAGCUGUUUUCCACCAGGAUCCGAACAUCCGGACUGAACCGACCGUAGCUCGGGCAGAACUGAAGAUCUCUAUGCGGGCUUUAGACAAAGCCACUUUGGACGCAAAACAGAAGAUUAAAGUUAAAGUCAACGGGAUGAAGCCCUCUCCUGGCUGGACGUACACAGACUCUGUUGUCCACACCAACAUCUCAAGCACUCGUGAUGUCAUAGUGGACAUGAGCCCGGACGUGGAGAGGUGGAUGAGGACUGGCGGUCAGCCGCUGGUUGUGGACGUGGGGAUGGUUGUGGCUAACAGAGAGGCCUCGCCUCCAAUAAUUUCUCUGGAAUUAGACCUCACGCAGCCCAAACCUGCACAGUCGCCGCGGCUGCGUCGCUCCAACAAGGAAGACGAGUGCGACGAAAGAGGAUGGUGCUGCCGGAAGUCGAUCAACGUGUCCUUCAAAGACAUUGGCUGGACGGACUGGGUGGUGGCCCCAGCUGAAUACACAAUGCAUUUCUGCGACGGCACCUGCCCCCACAACUACAAGCCGGCGAGUAUGCACACGCAGGUCAAGUCCCGACUGCACCUGAUUACCAAAGGAGGGACUCCUCACCCCUGCUGUGUGCCGGCAGCUUACGAGCCCAUGGUCCUCAUGCACUACGACAGCGGGGGACGACUGAAACUGACUCCUUUCAAUGACUUUAUUGUCAGUAAAUGUCACUGCGCCUGAGGAGAAGUCAUUUUUACUUGAAGUUCUAAUUUUAGAGGUUUCUGGAGGUUUCUGUUCCGAGUCAGAGAAAAAUUUGUUACACGGGAAAAACAAAACUGACGGAGUUGCGAAAGACGUAUUUUAUCACUCGUUAACUAAAUGAAAUUGAACCACUAUUACUUGAUUUUGAAAAGGAAAAAAAAAAAAAACGUUACUCGUACUGUUCAAAUAAUGGAGCACUGCAUUGAUAUCUUUGCAUUUAUAAUUAUUUAUUGAACUUCUAUUUAUGAUGUUGUUUUGUUGUAGUUGUGUUAUGUUACAGCUUAUUUAGUUACAAUUUAACUGUACUGUACUGGACUGGACUGGACUGCAUUGCUUAAUGACGGUUGGACAUUUUGUUUGAUGUCGUACACAUUUCAACAAUGACAUGACAAUAAACGCUGCGAUGUAUCCAUAA